GUUUUUCGUAAACAAAAAUGGCCGCGCCGUAGUUUGAAUUUGUUGUCAGUUUGGCUGUUUAUCGUUAUUAUUUAUUUCAAUAUUAACGUGCUGGUUGCUAAAUUAAUAAUUGCCUCGUAAUGCAUUUAUGGGAUAUUGUUGUUGCAUACCAAUAAUAUAAUAUUUUGAGCUAAAACAAUGGAACAUCAAAGAAAGAUUCAAAAAUGGAUAGACUUGAUUCUGGCUGAUAAAUUAGAAAGUGUGGCAAGUGAAAUAAAGAAGCUGUCAGAAUGGGAUCUCGAUCCAAAAUUGAACAAGAUCAUCUUCAAAGCUCUGCUAUGUCUGUCACACUCAGCAGAACGGUUGCAACCUCUAGACAUCCAAAAUGGGAAAAGAAUAUUUACAAUAGCAGAUGAGUUAUGCUAUGCUCUGAUAGAAGUACCAGAUUUCAUAAAGUAUUUCUCUAGCCUGUAUUACGUCGCUCGAAAAUUAAUCAUCAUGCAGUUGUAUAAUAAGGCUAUGAAUAUUAUAGUAUGGUCUUUCGCUGGAAACAUUGUUUACGGUUUGACCCCUCAGGAAUUAGACGUUUACCCAAAAAUUGCGAGUUUGUGGCGUGAUGCUGCAGUCAAAGUGACCGGAACUACGCCACCCUGCAACCUCAACAAAGCUGACUACCAGCUGUUAUUAGAUUUAAUAAAUAACGAGUUGAGGGUACUGGAAGUUAUAGUUAAGGAACGUACCAUGUUUGUCUUGUGCAGAACGUUUCGCUACCUAAAAAAUCUUGAUAUUCUACUCGGACAGUUUGAAUACAACAGUAAUCAGAACCAUCGUAGUAUUAUAAGGAGCUUUUUAGCUAGGAUUAAUGUAGGUCUGACAGGCGAAGGAAAGUAUGAUGUUUACAAAGACGCUCUACGUUUCAUAAAUUCCGCUACUGCUCUUGCCAUUACCUCACCGCAGAUGGUAAAUGCUCCCACAGUCUUAGCAGAUAGCUGUUCAAUCGUUGAGACCACUUUAAGCGCAGAUCCAGAACUAUCCUGUUGCAUUUUACUCUAUAGAAAUAUGGGAAUGAUACUGUUGAAGUCUAUAAGUAACUCAAAAGAAUUAUCGCAUUGGGAACUUUCAAAACUCAGGAAAGAAACUCUGAACAGUAUUCAGACGUAUCAAGACAGCAAGGGAGCCACAUUAAAUAUGCAAAUGAUAGACUUCAUUCUACAGCCUGUACUGGUGCACUGGGAGCGUUACAUUGCCGCUAACAAUCAUGAAUUUCUAAAGGCUGCAACGAUGCAGGAAAUUCUUGGGCUAAUACAGCUCAUGUUUACUGUUUUAAACUCGAGCUGGUCAGACGGUUGCGAGGUGUGUCGUGAGAAUAAUUGUGCAAUGCGGGCAAGUACGCAUACAGUCACCGUGGUCAGCAUGAAGUGCUUGGCUACCCUCUCCAAAAUACCUGCCAAUGAUUUGCUCAGCAGUAUAUUUCCAUUCGUGCAAGAACUGCUCGAAGAAACUGUCGCGGCAAUAUUUGACAUGAAGCAGUUUAAUUGCGCGCAAUGGUAUCCUCUCUGGAAUAAUUGUGCGAUACAUAUCUACAACCUAAGCGUAAGCUGUCACAAAGUGUUGUACGAAGAGAGUGUGUACCUCUUCUCCCUUCUGUGCUCUGCUAUUGUUAAAUUUGAUGGGCUCAAAUCCUCAAACAGCUUGCUAUCCAUGAAGAAUCCUCUAUCCUAUGUCCUCCACCGGCUCUGUAGCGUUCACUAUAAUCAUGGAAGUUACAGAGAAGCAUUGACACUGUGUGCCUUGAACGGGCUACUGAGUUACCAGAAUGCCGACAGCAAAGCAUUUCGCAUGUGGGCGAGCAUAAAGCACACAUGUGCAACAUCAUCGGACAUCUUAUCAUUGACCAUGCUCACUUGUCUGAAAGAAGACACUGACUCUUUUUCCUUGAUUGGGAUUAAAGUGAGGCUGGACGAUUAUGAUCUGAAUGAACUUUGUAUACAGGAGUUGAGGGGCUUGCUAGAGGGACGGUGCAAUAUGUCCCUCUCUAUGCAAGCCACGCUCGAAGAGUUGGAAAGUCUCAAUUCUGGGGGACUGGUGUACGCUCAAGGGGUUCAAAUGCUGGGCUACCAUAUGCUCCAAUAUCAGUAUGACCAGAAUUUUACCAAGUACUUGAAGCGGGCGAUCAUAAAGUUGAAAGAGGACAAAACUGCCAGCAAUUUACACCUUGUGACUGCUGCCAAUCUUGACUUUUACACUUUUGUAGUUAAUCUGCAUGAUAUCAUAGAUCAUACAAAAGCUGAGAUGCAAACAACUAAGUUUGCACUGCGCGCCGCCAAAUCAGCAUCUCCUGAAGGAGAGCCCAACAAAAGUGACACCGUUGUACCUGCGUACACUAAGAUCAAUAUUGUAGAGGAUUCUCAACUUUUCGUCAACUUAAACCAGGCCUUGAGCAAUUGGAGCCUUUGCAUUGAAAACAAUGUGAAUAACCCCAUUGAAGAAUGGCAUUUGCUCAUGAUGUUGCGCACCCUGGUGAUUGUUGGGGAAUUCUGUCGAUUGCAUCAUUUUUCAAUGUUGGAGGGUAAAGCGUGGAAUCUGGCUUACAAACUUGCUUCUAACUUGAAAGAUGCUAGUACUUGUCUUUAUGUGGUGGGACGAAGUAUUUCCCUAUGGAAUGUCAACAAUGACUGGAUUAAAACUGGGAAUGAAUUGAUGACCGAAUUACAAACCUCCUCUGAGCCUGAAAGUAACGACGCCAUCGCAUUCUUUUGUCUUGGUUUGUCAAAAUUUUACUUUGAAAUUGGCAAGUACGAAGAAGGGGCCAAAAUUUUAGACAGAACUGUGACACUCCCGAGUGUCCAUCGUCUCAAAAAUGUUCAGCUCUUUUUAUUGAGCAUGAAAACCGCCCUUCAGAAUUAUCCAUUUUGCUCGAAUGAUACUAGGUGCCAAAAACAAAUGACUUAUCUUGUCAAAUGCCUGUAUUCUUUGUUGGUUCUAAUGGAAUAUUCACCACAACCCAGGGCAGGGGUUAAGAAAAAGCAGCUAUACACUUCUGAGAUUCUUCUUACGUGUACAGCGCAUCUGUCGCUGUGUAUGAACAGCCUGUUGUCAUUCAAGGAGAUUUCAUCCCACCUUACUAAUCGACUGAAGUUAGCUCAGUCCUCGGGGCUUACGCUGCGUGUUGCAGAGUGUCUUAAGAAUUUAUGCUAUAUCGACCUGUCACGCAUGCAGUUGGAUGACUGCCUUGUCAAACUGCAAGGCUUGGAGUACAUUCUUGAUAUUGAACACAUUAAGGAAUCCCAGAACACAAAAAACCCCGAGACCCUGACGACGGGACUAAAUAAACCAGGCUGCAGAGAUUCUCGCGUCAAUGAUUCUUCCCCUGUCUUCAGGAAGACGGUUUUUAAGCAACCAAAAUUUUUGGAGCAUAUUAACUGCCUCUGUUACAAAUGCAGCAGCGUUUGUUACCAGCACCUUGUACUCGCCAGUACGCACAUCAGGGCACAACUUUACUUUUUGCAGGGAUACCUUAACGAAGCCAUGUCUCACUUCGGUGGGGCUUUUGUACUGCAAAGAAAGAUGCUGCAGUUCAAACAUCGUGACAAAUUUGCUUGGCAAAAUGUACCAGAGAGUGACAGCGUGAAACAGCACCCUUGGAAGUGCUAUUACAACGCAGUCGAGCAUGUUCUAUUUCUUAUCAACUUCAGUCGGUUCAUAAGAGAAUUGGAAUUCGAUGAUAGGCAGGAUGGAAUGAGCGUCGCUUUGCAAGCUGUUAAUAUUUGCGAAAGAUUUCAUCUCCAAAGUCAUCCCGUUUACGUAUCUGCCAAAGAAAUGGUGUUCGAAUACCAGUUCUGCAACAUGUUCCAAGAUUCUGCUGACUUUGACAAGUUCACAGUACCUGACCCAAGCAGCAUCGAUGUAAAUAAAUACAUCUGCACAAGCAGCAAUAUCGAAUCCUCGAAAAUCACCACGCCAGCCAUGAAGUCACGUGUUAAAAAGCCGAGAACAAUACGUCGCAACAAAACUCCACCUUUGCUGAAAUUGACCAAAGUAAGCAUCGACCUCGACGAAUACGAGGAUGUGUCUCAAUCACCCAAGUCGUCCAGACAGGGACCAAAAGCAUCUCGCGAUCACGCGUUUCCCAAGUCUGUGAGGAGGAAAAAUUUGGAAAAAUAUUUAGACAGCGCAUCUGAUAUCGGCAAUCCAAAAACGAACGAAGGAUCCAUUCCAGGAUAUACGGAGGAAAGCAUGAAUGAGAAAAGGAGUUCAUGGAUAAAUAGCAUCGCAACUUUGCUAUCCGCACCCUUUUCCGAGCGAGUAGCGCAAAUUCUUGUCCAACCAAAAUUGAGCGAAGUAGAGAUGAUUGAACGGUUAGUUGAACUUGUUAAAACGCAAAGAAAGAAUGAUGACUUAAAUACUGGAUCCUUAAAUUUUGGGCACCAAUCCGGCGAUAAAAAUUAUCACAAAAAUUCUUACUUAUCAAUUAAAGAUGAGAAAACGUUUGCCCAAAUAAUCAACCUGACUGCUUUCCUGUUCCCAAGCAUUUCCAAGCAACUAACUGAAAUUCUUGAUGAAACUGGGCUGCAUGGCUCAGACAAAAACGAACGGAUAAUCGAACUAGUAAAACAGCAGAUAGCUGUUGCAGAAUCGAGGAGUGAAUCUUUAGAUAUUAAGUACCUGUGUAAUGGUGAGAAUUCUCAACAAAAUUGUUACUUAUCAAGCACGAAACCGGAUGAUAUGGAGAAACUGGUGAGUUCCUUGACAGAAACACACAUUGGAAUCGAAAAAAUGUCAAAACGCAUUGUUACCAAUGCGCCACGUUUAGAUUCCACUGAUGAAGGAUCAUGGAUGCCUGGUUCCUGCCUGGAAAAGGAGAAGAACAACGAAUCACUGGUGACAAAUCUGUACGAGGAUACACUGUCUGUUGUUAAAAACUUGAGAGUAAAAUUUCAGUUUGCAGAUGAAUCCGAAACAGACACAGAUCAGAUCAAUGGUAAAAUGGACAUGAGGCCUGCGAUGCCUGAGCGUAUUGGGCACAAAGAAAGAUUGAGGUCUUCUGCUAGAGUUGCGAGGUCACGGUCUCAUAGCAGUGAUAUUAAACAGAAAAGACAUUUAGAUGACCCGGACGUCGUCUUAUCAAUGAAUGAAGUGUACGAAUCAAAAACGGAAACAUGCGACCUGGAUGAGAGAAAGACGAAAUUCAAAAGCUCAGCUAUAACAAGAAGCAAGAGUCAGCAGGAUAAAUCAGAUUGUGUUACACCAUUUGAGAUAGAAAAAACGAACGAUUCACGGUUUGACAUCGAAAAUUCCAUAUUGUUGGGAGAGGAGAGCUUGCAGUCAAAUAAUUCUGACCUAAUUCAGACUUCAGACCUCGAGGAACAGGCGAUGAUUGAAAAGCGGAGUAAAAGUAAUGUGCAAACAUGUAGAAUAAGAACUUCGGCCAGAAUUUUAAGAUCCAAGUCUCAAUUGAACGGAACCACAUCAUCGAAUGUGAAAAUUUCGAAUACUACAAGCAGUCUUUCAACAUCAAGUGCUAGUACAUCGACUGAAAUGACUAAACGUGAAACUUGUAUGCAAAGAAGCAAAACCCUGGCGACGUCUAGAAUAAAGAAGUACAAAUGAUUUCUCGAUACUGGUAGGUCAGUGUCUAAUCAAGCUAAAAGACGAUUUUCCUAUUGGUAGAGAAUACACCCCAAUACUAAAAGUGAAUGACAUCCUAUCUGUAUAGAAGUUGGCAUUGAUCGUGAUU